ACGGUGAACAAAUCGUCUUGAGAUUUACGAGAGUUCACAAGUGAGUUUUCUGUGACAAUGAAUUUACGGGCAAGUGGGACUCUGUGUCUAGUGGUGUUUUUGUCACUCGGUAUUGCUAAUCCUAUGCCGCCGAAAAAUGAUCCGAUCGUUACUACGAGUCUCGGGAAAAUUCGGGGUGCCUGUUUAAAAUCAAGUACAGGGAAAGACUUUUACGCUUUCCGGGGAAUGCAUUACGCUAAGCCACCAGUAAACGAGCUAAGAUUUAAAGCUCCUCUACCCGUUGAAAAAUGGAAUGGAAUACUUGAUGCCACAAAAGAUGGGCCGAUGUGCCCCCAACCAACAACUAAUCUUUCGGACGUUUCAGAAGAUUGCCUUCGCAUCAAUGUUUAUACGCACAAUCUUCCUUCUGAAGGAACCAGUAAUGUGAGGAAACCAGUUAUAGUUUACUUACAUCCUGGAGGCUUUUAUGCCGUCUCUGGUCAGAGCUGGAAUUUCGCUGGACCGUUAUAUUUCAUGGAUCGCGACAUUGUCCUCGUCACACUCAAUUACCGGCUAGGCACUUUAGGAUUUCUUAGUACUGGAACAGCCGAGGCACCUGGAAACGCUGGUCUCAAAGAUCAAGUGAUGGCUCUAAAAUGGAUUCAAUCCCAUAUUGCCAAUUUUGGAGGCGACCCGAACUCAAUCACCCUUCUGGGUUACAGUGCUGGGGCACUGAGCAUCACCAUGCAUUUGAUUUCACCAAUGUCGAGAAAUCUCUUCCAUAAAGCCAUUGUAAUGAGUGCUUCCACGACAGCCCAAUGGGAAGUUCCUUCUAAUCAGCUAGAUUUAGGACAGCGUCAAGCUCGCUUAUUGAACUGUACCGAUGCAACAGUUAAAGAAAUGGUGGAUUGUUUAAAAAUGAGAAACGCAGUUGAUUUCGGAACGUCCUUACCUAAUAUGUUCGAGUUCGGUAAUGGAAAUCCAGUGCUACUUUUUAAACCAGUGAUUGAACCUGAUUUUGGACAAGAAAGGUUUUUAACUGCAGAUCCCACAAAGGUGUACCAGAGGGGUGAUUUCAUGAGAAUACCAAUUAUUUCUGGCAUCACUAAAGAUGAAUUCGCUUUUCCAGCAAUCUCCACGUUGACGAAUGAUACCCUUCGUUAUCAACUUGACACUGACUUUAAUACUUGGGCACCCAUUAACUUUUUAUAUGAAAGGAAUACCAAGCGAUCAAAUCAAAUAUCUAAGAAGUUACGUGAAUAUUACCUAGGAGAUGGACCAUUGAGUCUUGAAAAAUCACUCGAUGGAUUGGUGAAGCUCUACGCUGAUAGCCUUAUUGGAUUCCAAACUUUGCGAUUUAUUCACCUGGUAGCACAGUAUACUAAAGUCUACCAAUAUCGUUUUUCCUAUCAAGGAAGAUACAGUCACACCUACUACCCAGAUGAUAAAACCCCUUAUGGAGUCGUACAUCAUGAUGAUCUAUUGUAUCUCUUAACGGGUCCAUACAUUGCUCCUGUGUUUACAGAUAAAGAUCCGGAGCGAAAAACUGUGGAACGGCUCACCCGUAUGUGGACCAAUUUCGCCCAUACAAGUGAUCCAAACAAUCCUUCUGACGAAUAUCUCCGAAACACUCAUUGGACACCAUUUAACACUAAGCAGGAACAAUAUUUGGAUAUUGGAGAAGAUUUGGAGAUGAAGCAUCACCUCUACAGUGAUCGCUUUAAUGUUUGGGACAAUUUGUUUCCCCUACAUUGAAGCGGAUUGAACUUCUUUGGAAACAUAUUCGAAUUAUUCAUAAAAAUAAAAGCACUCUUUCUAAAAAA